GUGCUUGGGCCGGCGGCGGCGCCGAGCGGAGGCGAUCGCUGCUGAGCUUGAGGCGGCACCGAAAUGGGUUUGCUUUCAGAAGAUGCGAUGCACUAGAUGUGCUGCUUAGUCAUGGCAUCAGAACUAUGUAAAACAAUCUCUGAGGCAAAGUUGGAAAGGCACAAGAACUUGUUCUUAAAUUAUCGAAAUCUCCAUCACUUCCCUUUGGAGUUACUGAAAGAUGAGGGGCUGCAGUACUUGGAGAGACUUUAUAUGAAACGAAAUUCCCUGACCACACUGCCAGAAAACCUUGCACAGAAGCUUCCAAACCUCGUGGAAUUGUACCUUCAUUCAAAUAACAUAGUUGUUGUACCUGAAGCCAUUGGCUCCCUCGUUAAACUGCAGUUUCUAGACCUAAGUGAUAAUGCCCUCGAAAUUGUGUGUCCAGAGAUUGGCCGCCUGAGAUCUCUACGUCACCUUCGCUUGGCCAACAACCAGCUGAAAUACUUACCUGCAGAGGUUGGAGACCUGAGGGAGCUGCAAACACUGGACAUCUCAACCAAUCGCUUGAUAACCUUACCUGAAAGGCUGCACAUGUGCCUUUCACUGCAGUACUUGACUGCAGACCGAAACCACCUGUGGUAUGUUCCGCGCCAUCUGUGCCAACUGCCGAGCCUCAACGAGCUCUCCAUGGCUGGAAACCGCCUGGCGUUUUUGCCACUUGAUUUAGGUCGUUCUCGGGAGCUGCAAUAUGUUUAUGUGGAUAACAACAUUCAUCUGAAAGGCCUCCCAUCUUACCUGUAUAAUAAAGUCAUUGGUUGCAGUGGUUGUGGUUCUCCAAUUCAAGUUUCAGAGGUGAAACUGCUCUCUUUUUCAUCAGGCCAGUUAACUGUGUUCCUGCCAGCAGAGGUGAAAUCUAUAGGGACAGAAACAGAUCAUGUGCUGCCUUUGCAAGAACUGGCCAUGAGGACUCUCUAUGACAUCUACUACAGGUUUUUAAAAGAUUUGAACUUUCUGACUCCCAUCUCGCUACCUAAAAGCCUCCUGGAAUUGCUGCACUGUCCCUUGGGACACUGCCACCGCUGCAGCCAGCCUAUGUUUACCAUUGUCUACCCAAAGCUCUUUCCCUUGAGGGAAACUCCAAUGGCAGGAUUGCAUCAAGGGAGGACAACUGUUAGUUUUGUGGCAUACUGCUGCUCCACCCAGUGUCUGCAGACUUUUGACCUACUGAGUUGAUAAACAUUUAAAACUACUCAGGAGUGCUGCCAGUUUAAAGCUGCAUUAAACAUCGUAUCCCAUCGGUACUGGAAUACUGUGUGCGUGUGCCAAAGCAGCAGAAGUGCCCGGUUGGGAACACUAAGAGGCACUUACGUCCUGCCCAUCAGAUUUGGAAGAACUGCAGCAACUUUUCGGAAGUGUAAAUACCAACCUUUGGAAAGCAUUAACUUCUCUCUCCUCCAGGACAACAUACACAGCAAAUAAAUUCACAAGCUCUGACUUCAGGGUUUCCAGUAUUUUUCAGAUGCGGCUGUCUUCAGGGUGACCCCUUGCAUCAUUUGAGGCAUUUUCAUUCCUCUAAAAAGGGGCAAAAAAUAGGUUCGGUUAUGACAAACAAGUUCUCUCUCUCCCCCAUCCUCAUUACCCCUACAGGUGGUUUCAGGUGUAUGGAUCUAAGCCUCUAGAAGCCUUUGAUGAAGCCCAGCAGCUUUCCCAUUGAAUUUAGCUUUAUUUUCUCCCUCUGAUUUUAAUAUUCUCCCCAACAGAGUUAUCCCAGUUGUAUACCCAGUCUUUGACAAUUACUUGUGGUAUUUAAAUCCACAUAUUAAAAGCAGAUCUUUUUGUUAACAUUAGAAGCCAAACUGAUUUAAUUGGGGUAACUAAGAUGUAUCUGGAGACUAAGGAUCCUGUUUCAGUAAGGAAGGCUGGUACUGAUGCCUACACCAAGUGGUCUUGCUCCAGCAUGUUUGAGGGUGUGUUUUCUUUGUUUUCAUGGCUUGAGUUUUUUUAUUUUAAUAAACACUUCCCCUUUUGCUUCUUUGGAAGAAGAUGACUUUAGCAGUUUCCCUUGGAUAAAAUACCUAGGCCUAUGAUAGUUACUGUUUAUUUAUUAUACUUUUCCAGUUGUAGACUGUAGAUCUGCAAAGAGUUGGUCUUCAUCUUUUUCUAGAUUCAACAUUUGGCUGAUUUAUGGAAGAGUGUCAGUGGAGUGUGUGCCUUGGAGAAGGCUGGAAAUCUGGAGGGGUACGUGUAUCUCCAUGUGUAGGUAUAUAUGCAUACAGAGAUAGCCUCACAAAAGGGCUCUAACUUUGUUUUCAUGUAUUAAAAGCAGAUUUGGUGCAAAUUUCCGCACACUAUCAUAUUUGUGGGCAUCCUUUUUUGUUAGAUCUUGUUUGUUUUAAAUAAAGGACAAAGGAUGGAAAACAGGCCCCAAAUGCCUGCAUGACUUAAAAGUUUAAUUUUACACUGAAACAGUCCAUACAAAAUUAGUCCCUCUUGACUUGUUCUGAAAUAUAUAAUUUUUUUAAUACAGUGUGUUCUUUUUGUUUACUUUCUAUUUUUUAGGUAUAAACUACUUGUUGACUUAACACAGUGUGCAGUAGUUGCAAGCUGAAAUAGAUAUGAAUGAAACUGUUAUGAAAAUGGCAAGAUAAAGAGACUUAUUUGGUAGUAUAUUAGCAUAUGUUGUGGUGAGGUGUGCAUACUUUGAAGGGAGGAGGCAUUAAAAUGUUUUCCUUUUGCCAAAGAAGCAUUUGUUCCCGCUGCAGGCUUCCUGGCAUCUCUUCAAUAAAUAGAGUAUCUUAAGAGCUUAAAAAGAGUACCAAAAAGGCAGUUUUGAGGGUGGAAUUUUUAGGUUGUGCAUGUUAGUUGUAAAAGCUCUGCUGGUUUUAUUGGGUUGGUUUUAGAGAGUUGAAUUAGCGUUAAGAAAUGUAGAACUUAAUCCUUCAGGAAUGCAAGUAUCAUCUACUGUUUAAGAAUUGUGAAACUUUCUAAAAUAAAUCCCAUUUAUUAAAUCUGCUUUGCAGUAGGGGAAAGAGCCAUGGCCAAGCAGACUUUGUACUAUUGGAUUUCUGACUCUGUCGUUUCACUAAUUUGUUUCAGUGUUGGUAUCCCCAACAGCCCUUCCCACCCCGCGGCCUUUACCGCCGAAGCAGCAAAAAGAGUCUUCAGCUUUUUGUCUUUUCCUUCAGUACUACCCAGCCAAGAUGUAAAUGGCCCAUGUACCAUUAUACCCAUAUCAGAAAUGUGUAAGUGUAGGAUCGAAUCCAUGUUUUUAAAUGGAUGACAAGAGAACUAUGGGAAUGAUAAAAAUACUUAUAUUUUGAUACCAUACUCUGAUCAGGAAUCUUCAGUAUUAUUUUUACCAUGGCUCCCUCUGUCCUUGAAGGACGUGCUUUAUUGGAAGUUGAUUUGUCCUCUUCUUAUGAUGACUGAGAGGCUUUAAAGUACAGUUUUCUUCUGAAUUCAAUCUGUAAGUAUUAUUUUGGAGUUAAAUCUUUUGAUCACCCAAAAGGCACUGCAUUUGUUUUAUUAGCAUUCAGAUAGUAAGAGCGGAGCUUGAUCAUUAUUAUUUAUUUUUAAUUUUCUUUCUUCCCAUAAUCUAAUUAUUUUUUGAGUUCACUUUAUUAUUGUCUAUAAGUGGAGUUCAGAAGAAAAUUGGUCUGUUCUAUAAGCAGGAUGAAUCUUAACACUUUAAUGGAUGAUAUUUCAGGACUGGAAUGUCCAAUGAAUAAAUGAAUUAAAUACACAAUUGAAGCUGAAAUGUCAUACCCUAUUUUUAUAAAACAAGGAAGAGGAAAGGCCAAUAUAUAGACUGGAAAUGCAGCUUAAAUUCAUGUUUCUCUGAUGGGGUAUUUUUUAAUAUAGUGUUUAUAUUCAUCUGUAUCUUUGGGUGAUACUGUUCUAGAUUAAUAUAACUCCAUUCUCACUUGUCCAAAUUCUUCUAAAGUUGUUCUGCUGCAAGAGUAUUUCGUAACCAGCUAAGAUGAGAGCCAGCUAUGCAAGCUGCAGAGGGGAGAGGGAGCUUCUUGCUGAUUGAACUGUGCAUCACUUGUUUUUCAAUACAGGCAUCACAAUUCUUGGACUUCACUUUAAUUCAUUUAUUUGUAGGUAGUUUUUUAUUACUUGCUCUUGUUUGUGAGAUCACAUUGAGCUAAGAUUUUCCUUGUGCGGCAAAAAUACCUGGUUUCAGCAGUUGAAAAAAAUGACCUUUUCUACAGAGCUUUUUUUUUUUGUCAUAAAAGCAGAUCUUAACUCUUUGCUUAGUGUGGAAGCAGGAGAAGUUUCUGGGGGUUUUUUGUAGGUGUUAGAAAGGUGCAGGAAUAGAAAUGAGAGAAAAUGAGUUUUUAACCCACUGACAACUGCUGUGAGGUUUUUCUGAUUAACUUCUAAUGUGAUUAAGGAGCACAGGCAUCAUUUUUGUUCCUGCUGUGAUAACAGGCACUAUAUUAAUAAAAUUGGGACCCUAUUGCUUAUGAGGAUAACUUUUUGUUCUGCCGCAAAGGAAGCAGAGGAAUCUUUGCCGUUGUUUAAAAGUACUACUUGAGUGGUUUUACUGUGGACACUGUUAGAUUUGGAGCACUGUGCUUGGGAAUCUUCCUGUUACUCUCCUGGAGAAUCAGAAAUCCGAAUGUCCUUUCCUGUGUGAAGAACAAGGUCUAAUAUCAAGAAGUCUGUAUUUUUCUGUUUUGGUCUGAUGCUUCUCUUGGGCUUUCAUUGAAGUUCAUUACAAACCUAUUUACUUCGUUGCGGUGAGGUUAAGAUCUUACACUGAGCAGAGCAGAGCUGAUUACUGCCAAGUUGGCUUCAAUUCUUAUAUAUCGAAUUCUGCUGAAUCCCUUUUUCUGGCAUGAAGGGAGGAUGAGACUGUUCUAACACCCGUGUGGUAGCAGCGUGUCAGGUUUUACUGACAUUACAGCCAGGCUGAAGACUGGAGAGUGACAAACCUUUCACUAGAGAGGAUGCCUUUCUUUUGAAGGCCGCUGUGGCCACAUCAGAGUAUCCCUGAUAACGGAAGGACUUCUGCCUUGAUGUCAGUGGAGGAUGGAUCAAGUUUUAAUUGAUAAGAGAGAAGAAUGUUUUACCAUCUUUAUAUUUCUUGCAAAAACUGGGAAAAUGACACUGAGGUCCAUGCCUGCUGCUAGGCAGCCUCUCUGUCUGCAGCUGAACUCACGUGGGUCCAAAACAUAACUAUCUUUGCCUCUUACCUCCCUCUUAAUGCUACUCAUGGUGUCACAAAAUGUUAUAGGUAACUUGUGAUGGAAGAGGCUGAGUAAAUUGAAUCCAGAGUUUUUAUUACUUUUUGUAUUACAGCCCUAUUUUGUAAGAGACCAAAGGUCUGGUGGAAAGAAAUGGCAAGGUUCAUGUGAAGUCUUCAUUGCUUUUGCUUUUAUGUGCCCUUUUUUGGAUUAAAACUUGAACUUGGAUUGCAA